AUGGCAAACAAUUCAAGCAACGGCGCAGGUGCGCUCCCGAGACAAGUCGCAAGGCAACUCAGGCAACAGAGCCAAACCCGAGGGCGUCCAACGGCACGACCCGGCGUGUCAAACUCUCAGAACAGUAUGUACCGAGCUGCCCCAUACCCGGGCCCUAUCCGACCUGGCAUGGGCAGCAGCCGCUUCGCCACUGUCCUAAAUGAUGCGGAAGACCCUGUUGAACCUGAUCCCAUGGAACUUGAUCCGAUGGAAAUCGACACCCCUCCCGAGCAAGAGCCUGCAUCAACCACCACUGUGACUGGCACGAACGAGCAAGGCACGAACGAGCAAUCUGAGGAUAACGGCAUCCACCGCCACAUCUUCUACAUCCCCAUUCGAUCUCGUCCCAUGCCAACUCUGGAUCUUGAUGUGCUGACCGCAGCUCGGGCUGAAGUGACUCGUCUUCAGAGAGCAGGAAUUCCAAUUAUGCAAACCCUGCCUGAGCGACCUGGACCGCAUCUCUACAUUCGUGUUGAUACUGACCAGGCUAAUCGCGAUCAUGCCCUUGUUGAUGCCAAUCUUCGGAUGGGUACCAUGCAGGACAUGAUUCGCGAUGGCUUCGGCUGGUUUACGGGCUUGCCUUACCGCCACCCGCAUUUCGAAGUCAAGUUCCUUCGUGGUCGACGCCUCUAG